GACCUGCUGUGGAUGUCGGUCUGAAGACGCACUGGAUGGAGCAGAUAAUGGAACGAACAGAGCGUCAUGUGACUCAAGCAAACGGCUCCCACAAGUAGGUCGCAGUGUGUUUGUCUAUUACCGUUACUGAUCGUGUGUGACUAAACACUCUCAGUCUGAGCGGAGACACACACACACACACAGACAGACAGAGAUGCGUGAAACCGAAGACAGAGAUCAUGAGUGGCUCUGCGCUCAGCUCUGACUUGUUGAACUCUUCUUCUUCAUCUUAUUAUUCUUCUUCUUCAGUGUUUGUUGCUGUAUCUUCAGUUUGGUGAUGGAGCCACAGAGGCAGAUUUACAAAAGACUGGACGUCCCGGAUCAUGUGCAUUACAUCAUCGCCUUCCUCAUCCUCAUCAUCGGCACUUUGGGAGUUUCUGGAAACGCUCUGGUCAUGUUCGCCUUCUACAGUAACAAAAAGUUGCGGAGCCUGCCUAAUUAUUUCAUCAUGAACCUGGCGGUUAGUGAUUUCCUCAUGGCCAUCACACAGUCUCCAAUCUUCUUCAUCAACUGCCUGUAUAAGGAGUGGAUGUUUGGAGAACUGGGAUGUAAAAUCUAUGCAUUCUGUGGUGCGCUGUUCGGCAUCACCUCGAUGAUAAACCUGUUGGCCAUUUCUAUUGAUCGCUACCUGGUUAUCACCAAACCACUGCAGACCAUCCAGUGGAACUCCAAGCGCAGAACCGGUCUGGCCAUCCUUUGCAUCUGGCUCUACUCGCUGGCCUGGAGUCUGGCUCCUCUGAUUGGCUGGAGUUCCUACAUCCCUGAAGGUCUGAUGACGUCUUGCACAUGGGACUACGUCUCUCCAUCUCCUGCCAACAAGAGCUACACCAUGAUGCUCUGCUGUUUCGUCUUCUUCAUCCCACUGAGCAUCAUCCUCUACUGUUACCUGUUCAUGUUCCUCUCCGUGCGGCAGGCCAGCAGGCAUCAAGACGUUCUCACACCCUACUCAAAAACACUGCCAGCCGUCCUCGCCAAAUCAUCAGCCAUCUACAACCCCUUUAUAUACGCCAUAAUUCACAACAAAUACAGAGCCACAUUAGCAGAGAAGGUGCCAGGUCUGUCAUGUUUGUCUCGCUCUCAGAAAGAUGGUCUGUCCUCCUCCACCAACAGCGAUGCCUCCGCUCAGGACUCCAGCGUCAGCAGACAGUCUUCUGUGUCCAAGAACAGACUCCACAGCACUAUGGUAAAGGGAGAAGUGGAACUGGACCUGAUGGAGAACAGGCCAAAAUUGUCAUUUAAAGGCUUUUCUAGACGGCGGCUCCUCAAAUGCUCCUCGCUGCUUAUAGAGAAGCCUCCAGUGCAGAUGAAGGAGUCUCUCAGUCUCUGUGAGCGAGAUCUGGUCUCGGGCUCCUUCUCCAUCGCAGCCGCACCGAUGGUCAUGUCCAGCAAGCAGAAGAGCAGGAGUGCAGAUCUGAUCCACAGCUCAGGAGACUCACAAAACCCCAUGCAGAAGCUUCUGUCCAUCAGUCAACUCCAGCAGAUUCAUGAAGGAGAGGCCAGCUGAUCAAUAAACAAGCGUACAGGCUUUCAUCCAGUGCGAAGGAGAGACGAGGAGUGCUUUAGAGGUGCGGAUUUCGUGUGCGAUGGUCAAACGUUGACAACUGAGGUUAAUUAUUGGAGCCUUUUUUAUUUUUGUAAAAUUAAAUGAGGUUGUUUUUUAUUUCAAAUUCCUAUAUUCUCCUUUUGUUCCCACAAAAUUAGGUCACACUUUACAAUAAGUUUCCAUUAGUAAAUAUUAGUAACGCGUUCACUAACAUACAGUUCAUAGUGUAGCGUGAACUAAUAAGGGCGGCACAGUGGCUCAGUGGUUAGGACUAUCGCCUCACAGUAAGAGGGAUGCUUGUUCGAGUCCCGGCUGGGCCAGUUGGCAUUACUGUGUGGAGUUUGCAUGUUCUCCUCAUCAGGGGCGCCAAAGUGAGGACUAUUCUAAGAGCCCACACUGUUUUGGGGCCCCCUGAGAUACUACAAGAGUGUACAGCAUUUAUUAAUGAUAGUUUAACAUUUACUAAUGCAUUAUUAAAAUACAAAUUAAUGAACUGUGAGGUAAAGUCAAAUGUAAUAAACUACUUUGUUUUCAUAAACUAACAUUAACAAAGAUAUAUUAAGGAUAAAUAUUGUAAUAAAUGUAUUGGUUAUUGUUUUUUUUUGUGUUAGUGAAUACACUGACUAACAUUGACUAAUGCCAUUUUACUGUAAAGUGUUACUGAAAAUUCUAUAUUGACAACAUUUUUAUUGCAAAUAUGGGUUUAAUGGUGUUAUAUAAAUACGCCUUUGAUAAAAAACACACAGUUUGACACAAAUAUUUAACAAAAAAUCAUUUUAUUAUUUAGGAAAUUAUAAAAUGUUUGUUUUAAUUACAGAGAAUAUAAACCGAUUUGUACUUGAUGUGAAAAUUUUGUUACGUUCAUUCAUGACUUUUUUUUUUAUUACAAAUCAUAUAUUGGAAACAUUGUUUUAAAUGAAAAUAUGUUAUAUGUUGUUACAAAAUAAGCUUUGACCAAAAAUCAAUCACUUUGACACAAAGCUGUAACAAAAAGUAAUUUUAUUACCAAGUUAAACCUAUUUGUAAUUUUUAAUUAAAAACUUUUUUAAAAAUUUGUUUAUUGAAACAAACAAAUUUUGUCAAAUUAAUUCAUACAAUUAUGCUUAUUAUAGCUUAUUUGAAUCACAGAUCAUAUAUUAAAACUUUGUGUCAAUAUUGGAAUUUUUUAAAUGAAAAUAUGGGUUUAAUGGUGUUAUAAAAAUAUGCUUUGACCAAAAACCGAACAUUUUGACACAAAUAUUUAACCAAAAAUCAUUUUAUUGACAUUUCUGUUUUAAAAAAUACAUAUGAAAUGUUUGUUUUGAUUAAACAUAAACCUAUUUGUACUUUAACAAAUUGAAAAUAUUUCUUAUUGACAGUUUUUGUCAAAAUAAAUUAUAUAAUUUUAAUAGAAAAGUUAAAUUUGUUUAUUGAAACUCAUUUUAUUGACACAUUUUGGCAAUUUAUUUCAUGAAAUAGCUUUUGUUUUAAUUACAGAUCAUAUAUUAAACACAUUUUAAAAAUAAAAUUGUAUUAAAUUAUAUAAUAAAAUAUGCUUUAAACCAAAAAUUACACAUUUUGACACAAAUAUUUAACAGAAAUAGGUAUUUUAAUAACAUUUAUUGACAGUUUUGCUUAAAUAGGUUAGAUAAUUUAAUUUUAAAAAUUCUAAUUUGUUUAUUGAAACUGGUUUUCAUUGACAAAUUUUGUCAAGUUAAUUCAUGAAAUAGAUUAUUUGAAUUACAGAUCAUAUAUUGAAACUUUUUGUCAAAAAUGUAUAUAUUAGAAUUUUUUAAUGAAAAUAUGGGUCUAAUGGUGUUAUAAAAAUAUGCUUUGACCAUAAAUCAAACAUUUUGACACAAAUAGGUAACAAAAAAAUAAUUUUAACAUUUCUGUUUAAAAAUAUAUAAAUAUGAAAUGUUUGUUUUGAUUAAACAUAAACCUAUUUGUACUCUAACAAAUUAAAAAUAUUUCUUAUUGACAGUUUUUGUCAAAAUAAAUUAUAUAAUUUUAAUUUAAAAAAGUCAAAUUUGUUUAUUGAAGCUUGUUUUAUUGACACAUUUUGUAAAAAAAAAAAAUAAAAGAUCAUACAGAUCAUAUAUUAAACACAUUUUUA